AAUUUCUAAACAUAAGAAAUUGCUUAGACAAUUGGUUUAGUGUCUGUAUAUGGGCAAUACUCUGUCCUGCAGUAGGCAGCAUGUCAGCUGAAACACCAGUCACACUGAACAUUGAUCCCCAGGACCUGCAGGUCCAAACAUUCACUGUAGAGAAGCUGCUGGAGCCUCUCAUAAUCCAGGUCACUACACUUGUAAAUUGUCCCCAGAAUCCUUCUAACAGGAAAAAAGGAUGUUCAAAAAGAGCCAGAGUUCUUCUAGCUUCUGUGGAGGAAGCAACUCGGAAUUUAUUAGACAAGGGACAGAAGAUCGCCCAGGAAGCCACCGUGUUAAAGGACGAGCUGACUGCCACACUGGAGGAAGUACGCAAAGAAAGUGAAGCUCUGAAAGUAUCAGCUGAGAGAUUUGCAGAUGACCCCUGUUAUCUCCCCAAAAGGGAGGCUGUGGUUCAAGCCGCCCGUGCCUUGCUGGCUGCAGUUACCAGACUCCUAAUCCUGGCAGACAUGAUCGAUGUCAUGUGUCUGCUGCAGCACGUGUCAGCUUUUCAAAAGACAUUUGAAUCUCUUAAAAAUGUUUCCAACAAAUCUGACCUCCAGAAAACCUACCAGAAGCUUGGGAAGGAGCUGGAAAAUUUGGAUUAUUUAGCCUUCAAACGUCAGCAGGACUUAAAGUCUCCAAAUCAGAGGGAUGAAAUUGCAGGGGCCCGGGCCUCAUUGAAGGAGAACUCCCCCCUCUUGCAUUCAAUUUGUUCAGCUUGUUUGGAACAUUCUGAUGUCGCUUCCCUCAAAGCCAGCAAGGACACAGUUUGUGAAGAAAUCCAGAAUGCUCUCAAUGUAAUUUCGAAUGCUUCACAAGGCAUCCAGAAUGUGCCGGCCUCGCCGCAGCCUCAGGCAGCAACCCUGGGAAGUGCCCUUGACGAGCUUGAGAAUUUAAUUGUCUUGGAUCCACUCACGGUGACUGAGGAGGAAAUAAGACCAUCACUAGAGCAACGUCUUGAAGCCAUUAUCAGUGGGGCUGCUCUGUUGGCUGACUCUUCGUGCACGAGGGAUUUCCAUCGGGAGCGGAUCAUCGCAGAGUGCAACGCCAUUCGCCAGGCUCUCCAGGACCUGCUUUCAGAGUACAUGAACAAUACUGGAAGAAAGGAAAGGAGUAACACCCUGAAUACUGCAAUAGACAACAUGUGCAAGAAGACAAGGGACCUUCGCAGACAGCUCCGCAAGGCUAUUAUAGAUCAUGUGUCAGAUUCUUUUCUGGAUACGACAGUCCCACUUUUGGUUCUCAUCGAAGCUGCCAAGAAUGGCCGGGAAAAGGAAAUAAAAGAAUAUGCUGCGAUAUUUCGUGAACACACCAACAGGCUUGUGGAAGUGGCAAAUCUUGCUUGUUCCAUGUCAACAAAUGAAGAUGGGAUUAAAAUUGUCAAAAUUGCAGCCAAUCACUUGGAAACUUUGUGUCCACAGGUUAUUAAUGCUGCACUUGCUUUGGCUGCAAGACCCAAAAGUCAAGUGGUCAAAAAAACCAUGGAAAUGUACAAGUGCACGUGGGAGAAUCAUAUCCAUGUCCUCACAGAAGCUGUAGAUGACAUUACGAGCAUCGAUGACUUUCUUGCUGUAUCUGGUAUGUUUUUGAUGUUUUAA